AUGAUGAACCCUGGACCUCAGUCAGUGAUAUCUCAUCAGUAUAGUAGUAUAAAGUAUUCUUUAGCCAACACGUCACUAUUAAUUCAUGAUGAAGGAACAAAAAUUAAACAGUUUUACCAUAUAGGGCAUCGCAUUGAUGGCACUAAGCGCUCUCUUUAUGCACAAGUGAGGAUCUGCACCCAUAAAACUUAUAACAUAAGGAGAGCAGUAAAGACAUACACUUUAAGUGAGGAUGCUUAUGUAUCUCCUAGCGGAGAUGACGUAGGAUUUAGAUCGCAAAUUGGGCUUAAUUUAUCUGCAAUAAUGAAUGAGAUCAUUAUUAUGUCAAAGCUAAACCAUCCUAAUGUCGCCAAGUUAUUUGAAGUUUUUUUAGAGUCCAGGCACAUUCACUUAAUCAUUGAACUUUGUAAAGGAGGAGAAAUUUUUGAUUUGCUUGCCAGGGAACAGAGACUAAGCUCGAGCAAAGCUCUUUUUCUUCACCUAAUUAAGUUAGCAAAACUUUUUGCGUGCGCAUUUGCGAAUCAAAUGGGCUGAAUUUUUAAUUUAAAUUCUGCAUUAAUUAUUUUUGGUUUUACAAAAUCUAAUUUGCAAUUUAAUUUAUAACUUUAUAGGAUAGAGAUUUCAAUAUAUCUAUGAUAUGAAAAAAUUUUUUUGCUAGCUCAUAGAGAAUAGCAUUAAAAAUUAUAAUUUUUUCAAUGGUUUAAUUUUGAGAGGAAGUUAGUAUCACUGCACAGAUUUUACUUGGAAUCAGACAUAUGCAUAUGGCAAGGCUAUGCCAUAGAGCACUAUGCAUUGAAAAUGUGAUGUUCAAGGACAAAGAAAAAACUGAGAUCAAAAUCAUAAGUUUUAGCAAUGCGGGCAUUCUCAAAGCUACAAAUUUGCAUGACAGAUAUGGAAGUCCUUUGUAUAUGGCUCCUGAGGUUUUUGCAGGCAAUUACAAUGAAAACUGUGAUAUUUGAUCGAUAGGAGUAAUUCUAUAUACAAUGCUAGUAGGCCAUCAGCCAUUCCAAGGCAAAGGAUAUGUGGAAAUAAUGAAGUGUGUCAACAAAGGAAAAGUUGCCAGUGACCCAAUCUAUAAGCAGCAGCUCCCCGUAAUAAAAAACCUAAUUAAAAUGAUGCUGAAAAAAGAAAACCGUCCAGGAGCUACCGAAAUGCUAGAAAAUGCCUUUUUCGACCCCUAUUUCCGUGACAAGAACACACAGAUUUACCAAGAAAUCACAAACUUCGUUCGCACCGUAGCUGAAUCUGGGACCCUUUUGCCUAAAUUCAGAUUUGGUGUUAUACUAAAAAUGUGCGUUUACAACGUGCUUUUAAGAACUGGAAGAAUGUGAGAAGAAUUUCACUGUGAAAGCUUAUGGAAAGAUUUAGACAUAGCUCACUCAGGCACAAUUCAAGCAGAAGUAAUGCUGGAAGCCCUCUCCAACUGAACAGGAGGCCUAUUUCAUCAAGACUGAGGCAGGAUUAUAUAUGAACUGCUAGAUAUAAACCAUAAUGGAACUAUAGCCCAUGAUCACUUUAUGGGAUUCACUUUCAGGAUUUAUGAAAAGCAGUUCAUCUAUGAUGCGUUCGAUCUAAUGGAUGAUAAUAAAGAUGGAAUUUUAACAGUAGAAAACUUGAUCUUAUAUUUUCCGGUUGAUUUUGAGCAAUUUAACAACCUAAUCAUCAAAGUAUUGAACACAGAAAAUGUCACCAUUGAGGAUUUCUGCACGCAUAUAACUCUUCCUCGCCUAUUUUGGGGAAAUUAAACCUUUUAAGAGUGAGAAAUAUAUUUUUAAUAUACAAAUUUUUGUUUUAAUUGUUUUUUAAAUUUUAUUAAUAAUUGCAUUACCAUCCAGAUAAUUCUAGACAGUUUGAAUUCUAAAACUUAAGAUUUUUCUUUUCAAAUUUUAAUUUAAAAACAAAUUAAUUAUAAAAAAAAAUUAAAUUAUAAAAAAGACUACUUUAACAGUGAACAAAUAUCUCGCUUGCUCUUGAAAGAGAGUAAAUAAGUUUUCUUUGUAA